AUGGAUGAUUUCUGGGGCAUGAACGAGGUUAUCCUUAACCUGUGGCUCGGUGACCUCCCAAGCGCACAGAACACAAAGAAACUAAGGGAGAACAACAUACACAGCGUCCUCUCUGCAAUGAGGGGCAAGGUCAUCAUCGAAGAGACAUUCAACCGGCUGCAAAUAAGCAUCGAUGAUACCGAAAACGAAGAUAUCCUGAAGCAUUUAGUGGUCGCCAUCACCUUCAUUCAGGCGGAGCUAGACAAAGGACGUGGUGUACUAGUUCACUGCGUGGCUGGAAUCAGUAGAAGUACCUCUGUGGUUGUCGCCUACCUGAUGUACUCGCGCGGCCUUGGCCCGGAAGACGCACUCAGUCUGAUACGCAAAGCAAGACCUCAAGUCGAGCCGAACGACAAUUUCCUGGCACAGCUGCAAGUUUUCCAUAAAGCCUCGUGUCGAGUCUCCAUGCAUGACAAGACAACCCGAAUGUUUUACCUCGAGCGCAUGGUAAAGGGCAUUCUCAGUGAGCCUACAUGGCGUCGCAAGUUCCCUAACCGCUCCCAACCUCCUUCCGCCCUCACAGACGGUGAACCAGUAGAUACCGAGGUUGUUACAGCACCAAUAGUCAUCCCCAGAAAAGUGGUGUCAGCGGGAUCCAACGAACCUCUGCGUCGCAUACGAUGCAAGAUGUGCAGGCAGGUCCUAGCUACGAGGGAGAAUUUGCAAGAUCAUGGCCAGCUCAGCACGCCAUCGCCCUCUGUCGCAUAUUCCCCAAUUGUCUCAACGCCUGCAACUUUCCCUAGUCUGUCGGAUGCCGAGCAUCCUGUGGGCGUUCUCGAUCAUCCUGAUGAAAUGAAGCACACCGUUGAUAGCUCUGUGAUAGACGAAGCAGAGGAGCUUGGCCGCCAACUUUCGGAGAAGGUAACUCUCGGCGAAUCACAGGAAAAGAGGGAGUCAUCAAGCGAAGAACCUGAACUGAAUAGAGACAUAUCAAAGGACGCCGAUGCGAAGAAGCAAGAGAAGGAUAUCCCUAUUGGAGUUGCCCCGACAGAGACAUCUCCCUCUCCGCAACCGACUCUCACGCAGGCCGUCUCUGCCGCUCCAAGCUCCCGUCCGCCUGUUUCACGACCCACGCGACGGCCCGUUAGUAUGUCAUCAGUACCUUCAACCGCUGCUGAGCGCUCCGCACAGCAGUACAGCGAUCCUGCAUUGGCAGGUCUACGUCCCGAAUUGCAUGUAGCACCAUCGCCAUCACCAUCGCUCCUCUCUCCGCCCCCUGCCAGCCCAAAAGCUGGAGCCCCUCCGAGCUCCCCAAUACUAGUAGACCCAAAAUGCUCGGGCUAUUUCGUUGAACCUUUAAAGUGGAUGGACAGCUUUCUCGACAAGGGCGAGUUCUCAGGCAAGAUAAUAUGCCCGAAUAAGAAGUGCAAUGCUAAACUGGGGAACUAUGACUGGGCCGGCUUGUGCUGCGGCUGUAAGGGACUAUGGGUAGUGCCGGGUUUCUGCAUCUCCCGCUCAAAGGUGGAUGAGGUGGCCUGAUGCAUCUGGAGCCCUCGGUCCCUUAGUCUUUGGUAAGCUUUGUUUGGGCAGCACGAUGUUAUAAAAUCACAUCCAGAUGCUACACUAGUUACGGCUUAUUAAGGACUUCAGCCCAGAGCGAGCCUAGCUCAAUUUUCAGUCUUUGAUAAUAGGACGGCAUCAUGGAGAGCUUACUUCUUCAAGUCGGCCGCGUCACCGUUGAAAAUGUCUUGGUCACCAGGGUUGGAACCCGAGUCGGCGUACUGCCAAAAUGUCUCGUAGCUCCAGCCUGCAGGGAGCGUACCGACACUGCCGAUAACCGUAAACAUUCCUCCCCUGCUUUGUAGAUGGCUCAUGGACACAUACCUGGAGGCAUAGCGAGCGAUCCAGAGUGGGUUGGUCGAUGCGAAUGCCGCGCUGUUCCCCGUGCAGGUCGUCCACCAGUCUGUCGUGGUAUAGAUGACCGGGUAUCUAUUUGCCGACAGUUCAGCUACUCUGGGACAUGCAAUAGACACGCACCUACACGCCGGUCUUCGAGUUGUAGGUGUCCGAGAAGUCUUUGAUCCAGGAGACCAUCGCAGACGCGCUCAAGCCGUAGCAUUCCGCGCCAUCAGGGUUGUCUGACAAGAUUUAAGAUUUCAGGAUAUCGCCAAAUGCCAGCAAAACUUACACUCGAUGUCCAAGGCACCAGGAAGGGUGAUCCCAUCACCGGACCAGCCUCCGCCGUGAGCAAGGAAAUAGUCCGCUUGGGCGGCACCGGACGACGCAUCAGGGUGAGCGAAGUGGUACCCGCCGCGGAUGAGACCUGCGCUGGUUGCCCCCUCGUAGUUCUGCGUAAGGUUAGCUCUGCAU